AUGUCGUUCAAUAUAUUCACCCAGCCGAUACGAUCAAUACUGUCAUCAUCCUCCAGACUCUUCACCAAUACUUCAACGGCUUCAUCGUCUAGAGCAGCAUCUUCUUUCGCUCAUUUGGGUGAUUUACAACCCGCACAAGGAUCUACCCAUUCCGAAAAACGAUAUGGUAGAGGUCCAGGUUCACAAAGAGGUGGUACUUCAGGUAGAGGACAUAAAGGUCAAAAAGCAAGAAAUGGUAAAGGUGUCAGAUUAGGCUUUGAAGGUGGUCAAACUCCUUUACAUAGAAAAGUACCCAAGAGAGGAUUCAUCAACUUCACAUCGAAGACAUACGCACCUUUAUCGAUUUCAACGCUACAAUCGUUUUUGUCAUUGGGUAGAAUUGAUCCAUCAGAAACAAUAACAAUAGGAUCAAUCGUUCGAUCAAAUGCAGUACAUGGAUUAUCUGGAUAUUCAGGAAUCAAAUUAUUAGGUGAUAUUAAUCCGGAAUUACCUUUACCAGCGUUAAAUUUAGAAUUAUCAAGAUAUUCUAAAUCUGCUGCUGAAGCUAUUAUAUCUGCUGGUGGUUCACUUUCAGCUGUGUAUCAUAAUAAUUUGGGAUUGAGAAAAGAAAUAUUCCCUGAUAAAUUCGUCGGAAGGGUUAUUAAAGAUGCUAAACCUACUAGGAAAACUGAUAUCUUAUACUACACAAACCCCAAGAAAUACGGUUACUUGGCCGAAACGAUCCCCUCCUCUGCUCGAAAGAUGACGCCUUCAGAAUGGACAGAAGGGAAACCUGUGGAAGCUCAACUAUAG